GCGUCCCAUAAUGUCGAGAUUGUUUUUCUGCUGCUGCCAGCUUUUUUGCUAUUCGAUAUCAUUACCAAACACAUCUCUUAAAUUUGCCGUUCCUUGAACCGGGUCGCUUCUUAGCGUUUAAUACAUACAUUCGUUUAUUAAAACGCAUUCGCUCCUUUUAGAUCUGCUUCUCUUCUUAAAAUACUUUCAAUUCGUUUUGCUUAAAUCUAAUUUCAUUUACUACACCGUAAAACUUAUUUAAAUCGAAAGGUUAUCAUGGCACAUAGAUUGGGUGGUCGUAGAAAAAAUGUUAAAAAGGGAUUUCAAUUCACUCUUAUGGUUGUCGGCGCGUCAGGUACUGGUCGUACUACUUUUGUCAACACGCUUUGUGGAAGUGAGGUUUUAUCCAAAAAAUUAUGCGAUAAACCUGAUGAAGCACAAGUAGAGGAAGGCAUCCGUAUUAAACCUGUCACCGUUGAAUUGGAAGAAGAUGGUGUCAGAAUUGCCUUAACAAUUGUAGAUACUCCAGGAUUUGGAGAUAAUAUUGAUAAUGAAUUUUGUUUCCAAGAAAUUAUGGGAUAUCUUGAAAGACAAUAUGAUGAUAUCUUGGCCGAAGAAUCACGGAUUAAACGUAACCCAAGAUUCAGAGACAAUAGGGUUCACGCUCUUCUCUACUUCAUUACCCCAACAGGCCAUUCUCUUCGUGAGAUUGACAUUGAAUUAAUGAAGCGUCUUAGUCCACGCGUCAAUGUAAUUCCCGUUAUUGGAAAAGCUGAUACCUGCACACCAACUGAAUUGACUGAAUUCAAAAAGAGGAUCAUGGAAGACAUUGAUCAUUAUAAUAUCCCAAUUUACAAUUUUCCAUUCGAUAUAGAAGAGGAUGAUGAAGAGACAGUUGAAGAAAAUAGUGAAUUGCGAGCACUUUUACCUUUUGCCAUUAUUGGUAGUGAAGAAGAAAUUAUGGUAAAUGGAAGAGCUGUACGUGGACGUCAAUAUCCAUGGGGAGUUGUCGAAGUUGAUAAUCCGCAACAUUCGGAUUUUGCAAGAUUAAGAUCAGCUCUAUUAAGCUCUCAUUUACAAGACUUGAAAGAAAUUACUCACGAUUUCUUGUACGAAAAUUAUCGUACUGAGAAACUUAGUAGAAGUGCCGAUAACCCUGUUGAGGACUCUACUAUCUUGCCAGAAGAUCUUGCUUCUCAAAGUGUACGAUUGAAGGAAGAACAAUUGAAACGUGAAGAAGAGAAGUUGAGAGAAAUUGAAUUGAAAGUUCAACGUGAAAUUACUGAAAAGAGACAAGAACUUUUGGCUAAAGAGGAGGCAUUAAGAAAUUUGGAGGCAAGAUUGGCACAAGCUCAAGAAAAUAAUUAAAAUAGUUAAAAUAAAUAAUAUAUUUUUAUUCUUUAUUAUUACUUUUAUACAAUUUUUAAAGAAAUAUUUAUACACUGUAUUUUUUUUUUUUUUUUGGGAAAAAAAAAAUAUAUUUUUUUUUCAAUACAAACAUAAAUACUUAUAUAAUUUAUAAUAAAAUUUUUUAAAAUAGUGAUUUGAUUUUUUUAUUUCAUUCUAUUUAUUAUAUUAUUAUGCCAAUUUAAUAUUGUAAUUCAAAAGGAAAAUAUUAUUUACAUAAUAAAAUUUUUUAAAAUA